CUCACCAUGGAUGAGGUUUAGUUAACGUUAGUCGAUAGCUAGUGUUUUACAAUAAAAAAUUUAAUUAAAAAUGAAAUUCGCUGUAUGCACCUUGUUUUUGGCCGCUCUUUUGGCUGUUGUUUUAGCCGACUCUGAUGCCGGUCAUUUCAUACCCAAGGCUUUCUAUACACUCGACUCUAAUGGCCACAAAUCGAAUUUACAUGCCGUCAAUCCUCAUACUGCUCAUUACUUAAGACGUUUACGUAGACAAGUCACCUCAGUGUCUUCAUCCUCUUCAUCGGUUACUGGUGUUGAUGGCGUUACACACUUCACUUCACAAACUUUGAACGCUCAUUCCCCUGAAGUAGAUUUUUCUAGCCGUUUCGGCGGUGUUCCUGCCACUACUGGUCAUGUUGUGCAAACUACUGGUGUCAUCGAUAAUACUGGCAAAGUCUACUACAACACUAAAGAAGGCCAUUUUUAAAUUAAAAUAUAAAUCGUAAUAAUCGAUUUUUAAUUGUGUUUAUGUUUUUUUUUUAAUUUAAUUUUUUUGUAAUUCUAUAAAAAUUCUUAUAUUUUUGAUGAACUUUGCAUUUGUAAAUUAUUCCUAUUUGGUUUGUAACGUAAAAAAUUGUGUAAAAUAAAUUGUGAUUUCAUUUUAUGUGUAAAA